CUAGAUAGGGAGAAAGAGGCUGACUGUGAUGUCUACGAGUGUCAGUGUCUGAGCUUCUUCGAGAGGCGGCGGAUCGGCUUGGAGGAUUAGAGUACUGUAAUCAAGAAAGUUCACAAGUUCAUUUUAACUUUGUUUCCAAAGUUGAGAGACGCGGACGGGUUCGAGCUGCUGAAAAUGUCUGGAACUACACAGAGCUGUCAUCUUAUACCUGUCCCAUGCCCCAAUCAGGGCUACAGUAUGAGAUAUCUGAAGACCCUUGUGUCGUGCUACUCUGUACAUUCGCCCGCUGUAAAGGAAUUUGAGUAUGGAGCAUGAACUGAAUGAUUCAGUUGUUGUUCAAAGUGGAACCCUGACACAAUGUCUAAACUGUGAAGAACAACUUCCCUUUGCACAAAUAAGAAGACACAGUGAAGCCUGCUCAAGGUAAUGCUCUGAAUGGGAAAUGAAUCAUGGAGAUGUUGGGAAAAUAGGAUAUUCUCCAUUUAUGGAAGGUGCACUCAUCAUUACAAAUUAUGGUAUGGCCAUGUUGCACGUCAAUAACAGAACUCUUAAGUAGUUUCAUCAUUUGUUAGUUUAGAUGUGGAAUAGGAACAAUUUAAUUGAGCAGUUAUGGGUGUUCAUUUCUUGGUUCAUUGUUGCUGUACAUUUCUUUAUGAUAAAGACAAUAAUUACAACAAUCCACUUCACUAUCAGGCUGGGAGCUGUUGUGAAAAUGUUCUGUUUAGUAUCUGAUAUAACUAUCUCCUCGGCUCGACUCUUCAAGUCAACCACAGGUUGAAAGGGCAGGAGAGAAUGAAAGGGAGAAUGAAGGUGCAGCUGUCCCUAGAGCCAGUGGGACUAGUGCCUCCACCGGUCAGCAUCCAGCUGUAGAUUUACUAAUGGAGGAGAAUGAAGGUGCAGCUGUCCCUAGAGCCAGUGGGACUAGUGCCUCCACCGGUCAGCAUCCAGCUGUAGAUUUGGUAAUGGAGGAGAAUGAAGGUGCAGCUGUCCCUAGAGCCAGUGGGACUAGUGCCUCCACCGGUCAGCAUCUAGCUGUAGAUUUACUAAUGGAGGAGAAUGAAGGUGCAGCUGUCCCUAGAGCCAGUGGGACUAGUGCCUCCACCGGUCAGCAUCCAGCUGUAGAUUUGGUAAUGGAGGAGAAUGAAGGUGCAGCUGUCCCUAGAGCCAGUGGGACUAGUGCCUCCACCGGUCAGCAUCCAGCUGUAGAUUUACUAAUGGAGGAGAAUGAAGGUGCAGCUGUCCCUAGAGCCAGUGGGACUAGUGCCUCCACCGGUCAGCAUCCAGCUGUAGAUUUGGUAAUGGAGGAGAAUGAAGGUGCAGCUGUCCCUAGAGCCAGUGGGACUAGUGCCUCCACCGGUCAGCAUCCAGCUGUAGAUUUACUAAUGGAGGAGAAUGAAGGUGCAGCUGUCCCUAGAGCCAGUGGGACUAGUGCCUCCACCGGUCAGCAUCCAGCUGUAGAUUUACUAAUGGAGGAGAAUGAAGGUGCAGCUGUCCCUAGAGCCAGUGGGACUAGUGCCUCCACCGGUCAGCAUCCAGCUGUAGAUUUACUAAUGGAGGAAAAUGAAGGUGCAGCUGUCCCUAGAGCCAGUGGGACUAGUGCCUCCACCGGUCAGCAUCCAGCUGUAGAUUUGGUAAUGGAGGAGAAUGAAGGUGCAGCUGUCCCUAGAGCCAGUGGGACUAGUGCCUCCACCGGUCAGCAUCCAGCUGUAGAUUUGGUAAUGGAGGAGAAUGAAGGUGCAGCUGUCCCUAGAGCCAGUGGGACUAGUGCCUCCACCGGUCAGCAUCCAGCUGUAGAUUUGGUAAUGGAGGAGAAUGAAGGUGCAGCUGUCCCUAGAGCCAGUGGGACUAGUGCCUCCACCGGUCAGCAUCCAGCUGUAGAUUUGGUAAUGGAGGAGAAUGAAGGUGCAGCUGUCCCUAGAGCCAGUGGGACUAGUGCCUCCACCGGUCAGCAUCCAGCUGUAGAUUUGCUAAUGGAGGAGAAUGAAGGUGCAGCUGUCCCUAGAGCCAGUGGGACUAGUGCCUCCACCGGUCAGCAUCCAGCUGUAGAUUUACUAAUGGAGGAGAAUGAAGGUGCAGCUGUCCCUAGAGCCAGUGGGACUAGUGCCUCCACCGGUCAGCAUCCAGCUGUAGAUUUGCUAAUGGAGGAGAAUGAAGGUGCAGCUGUCCCUAGAGCCAGUGGGACUAGUGCCUCCACCGGUCAGCAUCCAGCUGUAGAUUUACUAAUGGAGGAGAAUGAAGGUGCAGCUGUCCCUAGAGCCAGUGGGACUAGUGCCUCCACCGGUCAGCAUCCAGCUGUAGAUUUGGUAAUGGAGGAGAAUGAAGGUGCAGCUGUCCCUAGAGCCAGUGGGACUAGUGCCUCCACCGGUCAGCAUCCAGCUGUAGAUUUACUAAUGGAGGAGAAUGAAGGUGCAGCUGUCCCUAGAGCCAGUGGGACUAGUGCCUCCACCGGUCAGCAUCCAGCUGUAGAUUUGCUAAUGGAGGAGAAUGAAGGUGCAGCUGUCCCUAGAGCCAGUGGGACUAGUGCCUCCACCGGUCAGCAUCCAGCUGUAGAUUUACUAAUGGAGGAGAAUGAAGGUGCAGCUGUCCCUAGAGCCAGUGGGACUAGUGCCUCCACCGGUCAGCAUCCAGCUGUAGAUUUACUAAUGGAGGAGAAUGAAGGUGCAGCUGUCCCUAGAGCCAGUGGGACUAGUGCCUCCACCGGUCAGCAUCCAGCUGUAGAUUUACUAAUGGAGGAGAAAUGA